AUGGCUCAAUCAACACCACCCAAUCCUCCUCUUCCACCCAUCACCAAAGGUUUGGAGUUUGAAUUCGCACUUCUCUGGCGAUUUGAUUCGGACGAUCGCGGGGGGAAAGUCGAGUUUCCCGUCGAAGGGAACACGGGUAUCCACAAUGGUUAUAUUGUCGUGGCACGGGACAAGUUACCGGAGUACGAAUCGAAUUGGAUAGAGUACCUUGACGGUCUCAAAGCGGCUCGCCGGGGUGUGUAUGAGCUGCUCUCGAAAAAUGGCGUCGACGUCCAUGAGCCUGAUUAUGAGAAGGAAGAACGAGAUCUAGUUUUUCCUGUAGACCCCAGUCUUCGCUGGUCCAUGAAUACGGUGAAUCCUCGGUAUCAUCGUUGGAAUGUAGUCCCCGAAACCAUGGUUGAUAAGUUUAGGCUGGACCAGUUGGACCUCAAAGGAACACCAUUCCACGCCGUGGAUGUAGAGUUGACUUCACCAGCCAUGACAAAUGGCAAAGAAGCAGAUGACGAGAUCGUACGAGUGGUCAAGCUCAUCACGGACAAUCUCGUCUACUUUGUCCACGAAAAGUGCGGAUUCCACGUCCAUGUCGGCCAAGGCCCAACCAUGUGGGCCAUGGAGCACUUGCGCAAGAUGGCUGCUGUAUGUUAUGCAAUGGAGAUUUGGUUUGAUGACUUGCACCCAGAGCACCGACGAACAAACGAUGAAUUUUGCCCCAGCCUCUUCAAAAAGUCACGCCUCUCCCAAGGCAUGAAGGGCGAGCUAGCAAACGACUACGCACGACGCGGCGUGACACCCCUUUUCGUGGAUUUUCCAAGUAUGGGUCCGAACCCUAAAGUCACUUUACAAGAGGCAUGGAAGGAGCUCAACGAUGCAGGAACGGCUCAAGCAAUACACAAUUUGCUACCAUGGCCCUGCGCGUACAACUUGACCCAUGUUGGUGGGGAGGCCAAGGGCACCGUCGAGUUUCGUCAAGCGGCAGGCACCAUGAAUGAGGUGUGGGCCGUCCACUGGUCCAAUCUCGUCUGCGGGUUGAUAGACUGGGCGAGACGGGCUACCGACGACGAGGUGAGCGAGCUACUCUUGAACGGCGAACUGGUUCAAGCAGGCGCCAAAAAGACAUAUACCGUGGAUGAUCUGAUCCGCAAAACGCUCAACCUGCCAGAAAUCGCUGACUAUAUCAAAGGGACCACGCCGGAUGAACGGGCUACCCCCAGAGUCACUGGGCAGCAGGCGGAAUGGCGAAAGGAUGAAAACUUUGAGUACGAUCUGAUAGGCCCAAAUAUGAAACCUCGAGCGAAUUGGCCAUAG